ACAGAAAGAGGAAAUGGCAAUCAAGGGGAACUUCAACGGUAGCAGCAGCAAUGGUUGGACUGGAAACAGCAACAGAGGGAGGCCGUAUGGGGUAAUGCUGCUGAUCGCAUUCGGUGCUGCUUUGCUUGGAGUUCUAGUGGUUCACAAGCUCAGAGAAAGGCGCAUCUUCAAUCUCCUUGUCACUGACAAAGAACAACAGCUCUACUCUCUUCACCUUCUCUUGCAGAAGGAGAGAGAACAGAGCAGUGAAAUGAAGAGAAAAGCUGAGGACAUGAAGGCAGCGGUCCAGAAAGUGACGGCUGAGAAGAUGGAACUUGAGAGGAGAGUCGCGGAACUGCACUCCACCAUCAAUUCCCUGAAAGAAGAAGGGAAGGCCUUGGAGAUUGCUCUCGAGGAGAAACAGAGUGAGAUCAAGUUGCUGGGAAGAGAUUUGACUUCUUCAGAGGGUGGAGACAAGGAAAACAAUCCUCAAUUUGCAGCAGCUCUAACUGAGAGUCUGAAGCAGAAGGAAGCCGAAAAUCAGGACUUGAAGAAGCAUCGUCAUCACGAUCGCCAUCACCAUCGUGGGGUCGAAACCCCGGUCAAGGUCUGGAGAGCGGGUUCGGAUGAGGAUCCUUCAUCAACCCCUCUUUCAACCAAUGGAACAAAGGCAGCAGACAAUGCAGUAGUAGUAGGCCAAGAGAAGAAGGAUGAUGCAUCUAGGAAGCUAUCUGAUGUGGAGAAU